AGAAAACGAGAGAGACAAGAUCAAAAAAGAAAUUCACCACCAACUUAUCAGAAAGGAAAAAAUGCAGCAGCGAGAGGUAGAGGGAGAGGGAGAGGGAGAGGUAGAGGUAGAGGGAGAGGGAGAGCGAGGAAAAGAAGUGAGGAAAGAAGCAAAGGAGAGCAUGACAGAGAGGCUCUCUUCAUUGGAGAACCUCUAUUUCCCUCGCGCUUUACAAUCUCACGCCACUAAUCCCUCUCAACGCAAGUCUCUCCUCCUCGACCUCCUCUCUCGCGACGCCGCCGUUUUCUUAGAGAGGUACGGAGCGCAAUUGAACUCUGAGGAGCUACGGGAAUUUGAUAUCCUAAAUUAUGACUAUGAGAUAAACUGGCACCUUAAAAAUAUUAGAACCAAGAUGAGUCCUACUUCGGAGGAAUUGAAGUCCAGGUCUGUGACCGUGAAGAACCGCAGGUUGGCUUACUUGGAUAAACUCGUACUUGAUGGGAAAUAUUUCUCAGAGGAUGCCAUGAGGGAGAGAGAGCCGUAUUUGCAUCAUGAGUUUGUUGGCAAGUUUCAGGAUCCAAGCGCUAGGGGAAUGGCCAGGCCUGGAGAGAGGUGGUCGGAGACUUUGAUGAGGAGGUGUGAGGAAGCCAUUUUGGUUUCCAAGAUUAGGGAGGAGCAGCAGAGGUUGGGCGUGGAUGAGAUGGAAUGGGUGGGUAAUGAGAGGAACCAACAGCAACAAGAGGAGGAGGAGGAGGAGGAGGAGGAACACGAUGUUGAAGAGGGGAAUGAAGAAGCAAAGAAAGUUAACGGCGGUGUGAGUUCCACUGAGAUGUCCGAAGACAGCAAGCUUGCUCAAUCUAGUAAAGCAGAGCAUGAUGAGGCAGCAACUUUAUCGGCAGAAGAGAUGGGAGAUAUGAUGGGCCAGUUUACCUAUAUCAUGCACCAGAAGUUCCUUGCCGGGGAAGAUCACCAGCAUUUAGAUUACUCAAAAAUAGAUGAUGACGUGACCUUGGAUGAUCACUGGCUGAGGGAAGCGAACCAUGAUGCUGAGGAUAAGUAUUUUGCUGAAGAUGAAGAGGAUGGCUACGAUGAUUUUGUGGAACCGCACUAACUCCGUCGCUGCUGCUUUUUUUUUGUUUUGUAUAUAUAGUUAAUAGCCUUUGUUUGCUGAAUUUACUUUUGUACAUAUAUACUCAAUAUUUGCUUCUGGGGUCUAAUGCCCAUUUUGUCUGA